AUGCUUUCGCCUGUGCUUGAAGGCAUCAGGAGGAGUGUGAUUGAAGUAAAACAACUGACGUCCAAAGCCCAAGGAACGAAUAGAAGUUAUCGAUGGGACCUGAACAGUGGGCAAAACGCUGCCCUGCUCAUGUGGGUCUUCCUUCAAGCGGACAGUAGCACCCCAGAGUUCAGUAAGGAGCUUCUCAACCUCGGCAAGGAGUUUAAUUUGUCCAGGGACAUCAACUUUAAUCUCCCCUGUGAAGAAGAUAUUGACGAUGGAGACCUUGAAACUGACGGACACCUGCCCAUCAGAGCUGCUCUACAGGAUAUUCUGCCUUCAGUGGAACUGCAGUGGCCCAUGGGCCGGGCACAGGCAGCAGAUUGUCAGCAGAUAGCGGGAGAGCUGAGGGAAAUCGCCCACCAGCUUCAACAAAAUGUUGUGAAUCAGGCUACCCAGAACCUGAGCAGGAACAUGUCCAACACCCCCUCUGCACAGUGGACGGGGCACCUGAGCCGGGAGGUGCAGAGUGUGAUGCAGAGCGUGGGUCUGCAUCAUCUCUCACGGGAGAGAGUCAUGCUGGCCCUCACGCUCACCUUGGUGAAGGGGGUGUGUGCGCUGGCCCCUCAGCUGCUGAGAAGUGUGUUCGUCACCGCGCUGCAGUUCCUCAACCCCGCUGCAGACCCCGCUGCAGUUCCUCAACCCCGCCAGGGCUACAGAGGAAAUGACUGAGACACACGGAGGACAGCUGAACCUGAAACCAGUCGACUGAAAGGUGCUGAGUCGACCGUACAGAGGAAAGGGAAGUGACACUGAACUGUUGAGUUUAUGCUCAUAUUUGAACACGGGAAAUGAAGACACUUUAAUUUCUUAACUUUGUGCUUUAAGUCUUAUUGUUUCCAAUUUAAGCUUGCCAACAUGUCUUUAUUUUUAUACUUGAAAUACAUCAUUGUUGUAUUUGAUUAUUUUGCUUUUGGCAUAUACAUGUAUGGCUAUUAUUUAGUGUGAUUUCAUUAAAUGUUUACAUUCCCGUUAUGAGUUUAAUUUCAAUCUAAAAUUCUGUAAGAUUGUAUUUUAUGAUCAAAUAAAUAAAUGUAUUGAUAUGG